GGCAUAAACAGAUUUGCAACCUAGUGGGCCAAAAAGGAAGCAAGAUGGGUCCAAAAAAGAAAAAGGCUGCUGGUGGUAAAAAGAAGAAACUCAGUAAAGCUGAAAGGCUAAGAAUCCAGCGAGAAGAGGAAGAGAAAAGAUUGUUUGAGGAAGAGCAAGCCCGAAUACGUGCCGAGCUAGAAGAAGCUGCAAGGCGUGAAAAGGAAAGGAUCGAAAGAGAGAAGAGAGAACGCUUGGAAGCCAAGGAUCAAGAACGCAGAGGGGUUGAACUUGCUGAACUUGCUAUUCUCGAAGAAAGCUUUUUAACUGCAAGCCAGUGUAAGAAUAAAUUUAGAGCUCUUGCAAAGUGGGAACACUACACUGGCUGUGAUGGAAGUCCAGACCCAAUGGUGCGCCAGGAAAUCAAUACUUUCAUGAGCCUAUGGAAGGAGGAUACAAACAAUGAUAUCUUUACCGUUAUUGAGAAGGGCAACAGGAUAUUGGAUUUAAUUGAAAAAUUAGAAAUGUGUAUACUGGAUACACCUUUCCAUGAGCUGUCUUCAAAAGAUGUUACUCAAUACCAUGAUACCAUUUUGCAACUCCAGGCACUUCUGCAUCACAAAUACAAUGAGGCAACGGAACAUCUGCUAAAGCAAGCCAGUAAUUACGCAGAAUCUGAAAGCGGAAACAUGGAAGUUGUUAUUAAAAAGCAGAACAUCACGCUGUGUGUUUGGGCAAACCUCAAGAAGAAUCCAAAGUUUCGCAGCAUGUCCUUUUAUGAUGACCAGAAGAAGCCAUGCAAUGGAUUUGACCUCCCCAAACCACUGGCCAUUUGUGAUGUCGCUGUACGCAUCUUGCACACCCAUUACGACCACGUAUCCCCCUCUCAGACUUACCCCAAAGAGCCGCUCACACUGGACAUGCCAGCACAAAAACCAGUGACUUCUGAGAGCAUUGUGAAAGUGAAAGCCACAAAGAGUCAAGUGAGUCCAAGCCGCCUGGACACCCGGUCGAAGCACUCCACAGGUAGAAGCAAGAGUCUGACUUCUGUUUUCACCGAAGAAGUGAAAAGUUCUGCAGUUGAGACUGAAAACACAAAAUAUGCUAUGAACAAGAGCUCCCUCAUCCUUCAGACAGUUUCUAGAGCUCAUCUUUCAGCUCUGUUCAGCCCUAGUGUCCGUGAACUGGAGCCGCUGGAAGAAUUUGUUGUGGAUUUGCACCAGUUUAUGCCAGUGGGUGGCAUAUACCACUUCGAUGCACUGAAGCUCCCGCCUCAAGCCAAACAUGUUAAAGGGUGGACAAUGGUGGAAGUGCUGGAUACAGGGUUAGAGAUCUGUCCCUACAUUGCCGUAUGUGAAGAAAAUGAAGAUCCUUCUAAUUUGACCGUAGGAAUCACGGUCCGGUUGCUUGACAAUGUGAUCUUCUUUGAAGAGCCACUGAUUGCAAGGUGGAAUCCUGAAGAAAAGUGCUGGCGAACCGAUGACAUUGGAGAGGUGGUCUACAACAUGAAAGAGAAAGAGAUCGCUUUCAAAAUGAAUGGCUUCUUCACCAUAACGUUACUCCAGGACGCUCAUCUCAACAUGCCCUACCAGUCCUGGGAGCUCCGGCCCACUGGCCUGGACGAAGCCUCUUUCUGCAUCCUCACCACCUUUGCUGAGGUCCAGUUUGACAUCAAGGUCAAUGAGUGUAUGCUUGCUAGCAUCACCACAAAUGAAGAUUCUGAUCUCCUUGCUGAGAUCCGGGGGAAAUGGAUGACUCCACUGUGCCUCAUAUUGGCUGUGAAGCGGGCUGGAAUGAAUAUCUUCCCGGCUGAUUUUUCCCCCAAAUAUGUCAGUGUGAACAACAAGUUACUAACAGCAGAAGUCACUACUUAUCAGCAAAUGGCUCUUGUUGCAUCCGCUUUUGCCUUCAGCUGGAGCAAGUGGAAUUUGGAGAGCGGUGAGAGCAAUGUGGUCUUUAGGGCCUGUGAACACCUGGACCAAGAGCCAGUCAAGGAAGAAAACUGGGCCCUUUAUAUGUUCAGUGGGCAAAGAGCUCAGAGGCUGCAGAUCACAGAGGAGAGCGAGGCCUUCUCCAAUAAUAUUGCCGAAGAGACAGAAUUCCACUCCACCCUUUAUCAUUUGAUCAAAGAUGCCAGCAGCGAAGAAGGGAUGGCGAGAGUCAGCAAAACCCACUACCUUUUCAUAGACACCGUGUACCAGCUUCUGCUUGCUACCAGGGUUCUAACAUACUCUUAAGACACUAUGUUGCUACUUAAGAACUUUAUUGAGUUGAGGACACUUCCGUCAAUAAAAUAAGACAUUGAAAUCUGCGACAGGUUCACAUUUCAGAUAUAUUCUUUUAAAAAAUAAAUACCUUUCUCUUAAAGCCAUUUAUGACAAGCCUCUCCCGAGGAUUUCUUCAAACAUAUUUUCCAACCUUUUCAAGUAGGACCAGGGAAAGAAAAGAGAUUAAAAAAGACAAAGAAAUAGACUCACUGCACUGGAAAGCAAUGAACUCCAUCUCAUUUUGAACUCCAUUGCCAGAUACUAUCUAGUCAAGGCAAAGUCUUCAGAACUAUUAAGAGGAUGUGCAUCAAAGCUGCAUCCAUCUAAUGUAAAAAAAAAAUCAUGUUGAAGCUGAAAGUCUUGAACUAUCCUUCUCUUUGCACCAGGCCAUUCAAGAAUCCAGGCCAAACUGGAUCCUCAGAAAGGCGGGGAUCAGAGAGAUCCAUCUGAAGCUCCACCAGUGCCUUAUACAGGUGGUGGACCUUGAUGCUGGAGUCCAGUAUAUGGCCAUAGCAGCUGCUGCACUGAAGUCCAAGCGUCCCCAAUCUCAACAGGAGCACCUUGCACUGGCCUUUGGAAUGGAAAGCCCAUGAUGAAGAACGAAACAAUGGCAAUGAACAUAGCUGCGAUGACAGACAUACACAGAGCCUUGCUAGCCCGGGAGAAGGAAGUCUUCAGAGACGAGGCACAAGAAAGAAACCGGGCACACCUAUUGGAAAUAAAAGCAGGAAAGAAAUGGACAUGAGGUGUUUUUCACCAGGACGUAUUUCACCAACAAUUGAAAAGACAACAUGAUGUUCAACGGAUACAGCUCUUUUUUUGUACUUACAUAACUCAGAAUGCUUUGGCAGAAUUAUGGGGAGAAAAACAUGUAAUGAGAACCUGACAGAUGUGCUCUGUUUCAAUUUCUAAAAUUUUGGUUACCCCAAACUUCUAAUCCGCUCACCAAUUAUUUCCCCAUGUAAGCAUAUAGGUUAGGACUAGACCCAAAUUGUGUCCAGAGCGGAGAAUUCUAGUGAUGCCACUAUAAGUAUGAUCACUUGCAUCUAGACAAUCCCUGGGAUUUGCAAUUUCGGGACUUCAAAAUUGCUAUUAAAGCUUGCUAGGACUGAAGUUGAGAGGGAGGGAAAAGAACUCUAACAUAGAUGUCUAAGCAGCUCCAUCAAACUAGAAGACCAAAGAGUUCAGAAAUGACAAAAGAAAUAAAAUCAAAACCAGUGACCAGAAAUCCA